AUGGGAGGCUUUGCAGAUGCAGCUGCCCCGAGUUUCUCCUUGCCAGCCGUGGUCAACCCCACCAUGUUCUUCGACAUUGCUGUUGAUGGUGAGCCCUUGGGCCAUGUCUCCUUCGAGCUGUUUGGGGAGAAAUUUGAUGAUGAGAAUUUCAUCCCGAAGCAUAUAGGUUCUGGCACCUUGUCUAUGGCAAAUGCUGGACCCAACACAGAUGGUUCCCAGUUUUUCACCUGCACCGCCAAGACUGAGUGGUCAGAUGGCAAGCAUGUGGUCUUUGGCAAAAUGAAAGAUGGCAUGAAUUGCCCGACAAUGAAUAUCGUGGAAGACAUGGAGUGCUUUGGGUCCAGGAAUGGCAAGACCAACAAAAAGAUCACCAUUGCCAUCUGUGGACAACUCUAA